GGCUGAGGGGGGGACGCUUCUCCUUGGAGGACGGCGCCGCUGAGGUGAAAAAAGGCGGGAAGGAAGGCGCCGCUGAGGCGAAAAGGCGGCCCUUAGCUGGGCGCCUCCUCCUCCUCCUCCUUCUCUCUCUCUGUUUCUGAGGGAGACAUGGAGGAGGCCGAGGAGGAGGAGGAGGGGUCCAGGCCCAGGCCUCCCAGCAGCAGCCGCCGCCGCCGCCGCCCCGCCGGCCGCUCUCCCAGCCCGGGCCUCCUGGACGCCACCUCCCCUCGCUUCGACCCUCUGCUGGCGCUCUACUCGGAGCGGACUCCGCUGCCCUUCCCGGCCGCGCCGUGCUUCAACAACCUCGCCGAGUACGAGAGCUUCCAGCGCGGAAGGAGGAGGGCCAGCAGGGCGCAGCCAGGGACAGGCCCCGCCGCCGCCUCUGCCGGGCGCCGGAGGGGCAGCGGAGGCCGAGCGCGGAGCAGGGCCACGGCCGACCCCGAGCGGAUCGAGCGCCUCCGGAGCCUGAUGGUGGUGGCGCCGCGGAAGGAGCAGGAGCAGGAGGAGGGGGCCGGCAGGGUCCGGGCUCGGGGCAGGAGGGAGCCCCGGAACGUCCUCACCAGGAUGCCCCUUCAUGAAGGCAGUCCACUUGGGGAACUCCACCGCUGUGUCCGUGAUGGUGUAAAAGUCAACGUCCACAUUCGAACUUUCAAAGGGCUCCGUGGAGUCUGCACUGGCUUCUUGGUUGCGUUUGACAAGUUUUGGAACAUGGCACUUACUGAUGUAGAUGAGACAUAUCGAAAACCUGUAUUGGGUAAAGCUUUCUAUGUUGAGCCACAGUUAACCCUCACCAGACUGUUUGAUAGACUCAAGCUGCAAGAGUCUUUGUUUAAAAAAGGAACUGAUUCAAAGAUGACUACAGACCUACCAACCCUGCCAUACAAUCCUAGGACACUUGGGCGGAAAUCUGAGUCAAAUCGGGGAAGGUCAGAAGAACAUAGAGCAAAAAGGCACACCAGCAAAGAGAGGACACGAAGCUCUAGUUUGCCCCGAGCCUCUGGGAAGGAGGCUGACUGGCCUGGCAGAGUCUCCCAAACAGAAGGGAAGAGUGCAGGUGGCCCUAGGGGUCGAUCACGGAAAAAACAGAGGCCCAAGGUGGAUUAUCAGCAAGUGUUCACACGGCACAUCAACCAGAUUUUUAUUCGAGGGGAGAAUGUCUUGCUUGUUCAUCUAGCACAUUGAUCUUAUGCAGUAACAUGGACAGUGAUGACAGCUGAGUGCUACCUUGUGAAUUUAUGUAGCACUGUAAUACUUUUUCCCUUGUUUUGACCAGAAGGGAGAAGUGGUGAUAGGAUUUCAGAGGCCAAGAGAAUAUUGAACCAGCUGAUAACUUUGUGGACCAGAGAUUGGCUAAGAACAUUGUUGCCUUUAAAGAAGCGGCUGUCCUAAGUCUUGAAGAAUUCCAUGAUAUCUGUAACUUUCAGAACAUGAAUAUGAGACAAGGUAUUUCUAGACCACGCAAUCUGAAGUUUGUGACAGAUACUAAGUGUCUACAAAAGCAGAAUUUGCCAGUGACUUAGGUGCUUCAAUCUUGAAUGCUAGUCAUUUAAAGUAAUGGGACAGCAUGUUGUUGUUUUUUUUUAAAAGACAUGGUAGGGGAAUGAGGAGCUUGUGAAAUAAAGAAUGGCUUUAGAUAUUAACUUGCUUGGGUCCUUAUCCCUCCCAGUAGCAUGCGUGACUGGGCAGAAAAUAGCACUCCAGAAUUGAGCUGAGCUGCUAUGUGUUUUUGUGUCCAAAGUGAUCACUUGAAUAAAAAGUGAAUAGAAAUAGAAAGAGGUGUUCUCUUCAGUAGCAGGGGUUAGAAGCCUUUGUUCUCCAGUUCAUCUUUAUUCGUUACCAUAGGCAGUGUUUGGCCUCCCUGCCUCAGUAGUUAUAAAAGUCUUAACCCAUUUCCUCCAGCUUAACCCCCCCCCCCGCCACCAGCUAACAUUGAAU